AUGCAGAAAAUGACUCUAACUGGCCGAGCACAAAGACCAUGCUGGUUGGCGCAGAUGAACGAAUUGGCGGAAUUUAGACUGGAUGCGUAUGAAAAUGCGCGAAUUUUUAAGGAAAAGACAAUGAGGUGGCAUGAUUGUCUGAUUAAGCCAAAGGAGUUUCAUGAAGAGGACAAAAUUCUGCCAUACAAUAGUAGACUUAGGUUGUUCUCUGGAAAAUUCAAGUCAAGAUGGACAGGUCCAUAUGUGGUGAAACACGUCUCACCGUAUGGCGCCAUUGAAAUACAAGAUAAGGAAGGGAAUGAAAGCUUUAAGGUGAAUGGGCACAGGUUGAAACCAUAA